GCGAAUAUUGCGUUAACCCGGAUAUGUUACUUUUGAACUGAGUCAGUAUAAGAGAUUGAGCUGGUGUAAAACGAAGUGGUAAACUAGUGCAUGGUUGAAUCUGAUUAUAAAAAUGAUCAAAAUGAAUCUUGGAAGGUAGAAUGGGCUCUACGAACAGUAAAGAGGAGAACACUCCUCUUACACGUCGAGAUGGAACACCAGGGAAGAGGGUUAAUGUGGUAAUUUGUAGUUGUAGUGACUCCAACAACGUUAAUGGCCUCAUCACUCAAAUUAGGAAUGAUAUGUCGGACGUCGUCGCAAGCGUGAGGUUCGAAACUCUCCCUUACAACAUCAUAGACAUGGAUACAUUUGAUUUCAAUGGGAUAGAUGUUCUACUUCUCUGUCAUUCUAUUGAGAACAGGCGAUUCUCACUGACCAACGUUACCGAUGCUCUAUAUGAUGGUUUCUUACCAAAGGCCAGAAUGCAUUUGGGUAAAAGCAAAAUAGGAGUGAUAGCGCAUGACUUCCCUACGUAUGAACUCACACCAGAUCGUAUUGAAUCUAGGAUGAAAUCAUUUCUUCACGCCCAGGAAACAACAUUUAAUCAUUCUUCAUUGGUGUUGAUUGGAGGUCAGUUCAACCAUCAUCCAAUAGAACUUCAAAUAGAUCAGAUCAAUCAACUCAAAUGGUUCUUUCUUAAAGCUGCUAAUCCCCCGAUGUUGGAAUCGUUCCGAAAAUGCCUUUUCCGAUUCUGUUGUUGCUGUUACUGUUGUUGUUCGUGCUAGAUAUUCCUCUUGACAUGCUUGAUGACAAAAUGAUGUCUUCUUAUUUCAAUAUUAUCAUGUAUUCUAUCUUACUUUAUUAUUUUGUUUUGUAAUAAAAUUCAUCAAAAUCAUUCAGUUCAAAUCAUACAAGUAAAAGUACAUUGCACAAUGUUACAAUAUCAACAAAAACAGUUCAUGAUUAUUCGAUAUCAUUCUAUAUACAUGAUAUAAACAAACAUGGAAUGACCUAGUUUAAUUUGCCAAUAUUUAGAAGAUUACUUCACGCAGCGAUUUCCGGAGAAAAUUCCUAAUGAAUUCGCAUGAUUCAAUUCCUUAAAGGCCUAGUUACACUGGAACCGAAUCAGCUGCAAAUCCAUCCGAAUACAUUAUAUUCGAGUGAUUUCAGGAGUAUUCCGAGUAUUAUGUUCUCCAUCCGCGAAUGCCAGAAAAUUCGGGAGGGAUUCGGCUAUAGCUUUGAAAUGUUCAAAGCCAGCCGAAUGCCAUCCAAACUACUCCCUAACGUGACUACAACAAAUUUCAUUCAGGCCUCAUUGGGGAUGUAAUCGGAUGACAUUCGGUUGGAUUAGGGGAGGCAUUCGGAGUAUUCUGGGCAAACUCGGACCUAUUCGCGCAUUCGGCCAUAUUCGUUCCGAUUCGGGUUUACAUUCAGGUCGUCAUUUGGCUGUAUGAUAGGAGCAAUUGGGCCACCUUUGGCUCGAUUUUUGCCGCUGUUCGGGUGGCAUUCGGUUUUUUUCGAGAUGGCCGACAUUGAUUCGGGUCCAUUUUGGGCGAUUCUGCGCUGAACUCCGGAACCUAUUCGAGACCUGUAUUCGAGGAGCUCCCUGAGUGGAGACGAAUAAGUUACAAAUCCACAGAAACCAUCCGAAUCAGGCCGUAUUCGAGCAGAAUUGGUCUCAAUGUACUCGGGAGAAUUCGGAUUUGGUGUAACCCUGGCUUUACGGGGCCACAUUGGAAAUUCAUUAAAAAAAUAAUGGUCUGAUAGUCUUAUUUUAGACAAUUAAAUAGGAGGAUCCAGGGAGAGGGGCGACCACUAAUGCAGGCGCCAAAAGAAAGAAACAAGAACAAAAAAAUAAAAAGGAAGGGAACUUAAAAGUAGCAAGUAAAAGAGAGAAUAAAACAAGAGGAGGGGAUGAGAAAUAGAAAUAUUUUUACGUCAUGUUAUAAAACUGAAAAUUUCGCUCGCGCUUCGAGCUCCUUUGCUGUUGAGUAAGAUAAUUGUCUGAUAAAGAGGAUAACAUGGGGCUUAAAUAUCCCGUUUUUAAUCAUAAAUUACUCGCGAUUCGAGUUUUCAUUAUUUUGUUCUGGCGAGAUAUUCGCAUCUGUUAAUGAUUGCAAGAUAUAAAAUGAAUAUCAAACAUUUUCAGCUCGUACGUGAUACGCGCUCACAUUAUUUGAUUAAUGAAAUACGUGUCCUCGUCAUAAAUUCACACAAACAGACCUUGAAAUGUCCACUUUUCAGGUCCGUAUAAUAGAUAUUUUCAGCUCACGCUUCACAAUCGCAUUAUUGUUGAGUUAGGUACGCACCAUGUUCACGAUUAUGAAAAGCGCUAGAGUAUCCCGUUUUAGGUCCUAUUUUAGUCGGGGAAAAUAUCCAACCUCACAAUUUUUGUUUCAUCAUGUUUAUUCAAAACGUGUGUUAAUGUUCAGUUUUCAGGUUAGAAUUAUUAUUUGAAAAGAAUUCAGCUCGCGCUUCGCGCCCUCAUUUAGUUAGAUAUCUAUCUUAUUCAUAACUACAUGACUGUGUUUAGAAAGUUAAAUUUUCAAGUUCAAAUGCAUUUGUUUGGCUUUAUGAAAGGAUAAACCCAAGAUCAAUUUGAAAUUCAGUCGUUGGUAAGGACUACCUUUUCAAAAUAUUAAAAAGAAUUUCAGCGCCUUUAUCGGGGAAAAUGUAAAGGAAAACAGAAAUCCGCUCCCAUCUCCCCGCCCUGCGUAUCACGAGCUGAAAAUGUUUGACAUUCAUUAAUAUAAUUUCUUGCAAUCAUUAACAGAUGCGUUUAUCUCGCCAGAAUUAAAUGAAAAAAAUCCGCUGCCCACCCCCCCCUCCCGUUGGUGAAAUCUGGACCCACCGUGACUCCUGUACAUGUCAAAUGAACUUUUGUAUAUCUGACCGAAUAUUUCUUUUCUUGUUUGCCACAUUGUCGUCCGUUGUAUUGAUCAUUUUAUUUAAGAUGUGUAUCAUGUGAAAGGUAUGCGUGGGUGUGUGUGUGGGGGGUGGUGUGUAUGUAUGUAAGGAGUUUUUAGCGUUUGGAUAAAAUAUUCAUCUUAUCUAGUACUGGGCCUCUUAGGGUGUGCAAUAUACUUACAAGGAAAGUAGAAGUCUACCAAUGUUGAGAUAUAUCAAUCAUUAUUAAGAAGUAGGCCUAGCUAUAUCACUGUUACCGUUUAUUAAAAUAAAUA